UAAGAACACUAAACAUCCGUUCCUGAUUCAUCAUAUCAAAUUAUAAGCGUGAUACUGCAAAAAUUUCAUUUAUCUAAAAUUUAUAAAUCUUUUGAUUAAAAAUGAGUAGUCCACACAGUAAGAAAGCUAAGUUGUCUAAUUCUUUAGAACAAUUGAAGUCUUUUACAACAGUUGUAGCUGAUACUGGAGACUUUCAUGCUAUGGAACAAUUCAAACCUACAGAUGCAACAACAAAUCCAUCUUUGAUUCUUGCUGCUGCAAAUCAAAAAAAAUAUGCUCACUUAAUAGAUAAAGCUGUUCAAUAUGGUAAAAAAACCGGCAGUAAUCUUGAAGAGCAAAUAGAAGCCGCUAUCGAUAUGACUUGUGUUCUUUUUGGACAAGAAAUUUUGAAUAUCAUUCCUGGAAGGGUUUCUACAGAAGUCGAUGCUAGACUAUCUUUUGAUAAAGAGGGUAGUAUAGAAAAAGCUAAAAAGUUAAUUGCUUUGUAUGAAGAAGCAGGUAUCAGUAAAGAAAGAAUUCUUAUAAAACUUGCAUCAACUUGGGAAGGUAUCCAAGCAGCUAAAGAACUUGAAGAUAAUUAUGGAAUCCAUUGUAAUCUUACUCUACUAUUUUCAUUUGCUCAAGCUGUGGCCUGUGCAGAAGCUGGAGUUACUUUAAUUUCUCCAUUUGUUGGACGAAUUUUGGAUUGGUAUGUUAAAAACACUGAUAAAAAAUCUUUUGAGCCAAAAGACGAUCCUGGUGUCCUUUCAGUGACAAAAAUUUAUAACUAUUACAAAAAAUUUGGAUAUAAAACUGUAGUAAUGGGUGCUUCAUUCCGAAAUAUUGGAGAAAUUAAAGAACUUGCUGGUUGUGAUUACUUGACUAUAAGUCCAAAGUUGUUAGAAGAACUUGAGAAAAGCAAUGAACCUGUUCGUAAAAUGCUCGCUCCAGAAACUGCCAAAAAAAGUGAUCUUGAAAAAAUAAGUCUCAAAGAGGCUGACUUUCGAUGGAUGAUGAAUGAAGAUCAAAUGGCAACAGAUAAAUUGAGUGAAGGAAUUCGUAAUUUUGCUACUGAUAUGCGUAAAUUGGAAAAAUUAUUACAAGAAAAGAUUCAAGGUUAACAUAGACAAGGGACCACUUUUUUAUGAAUUUUUUUCUGAAAGUUUAUCAAUUUUAUUCAUUCCAGAGUUUAUGAUAUAUAUUUCUAAAAAACUUUUGGUAAAAAAUUAAAAAUCAUUAAAUGCAUUGAUUAUUGAAUUUUUGCAGUUUAUCACUUAUUUUAUAUAAAUAUGUAAAUAUUAAAAAUAAAACAAAUAACUGACAAUAAUCAUCUGGGAUAAAUUAAUAUAUCGAAAACAGGAGGAGAAAGUGUGAAUCCAUCGAUACCAGUCAUGACAGGUCUUUCUUGCCCUGGAGGCAAAAUAAAUUUAAAUCUCUGCAAUAAACAGGCAACAAAAAGAAAA